AUGAGCAAGACUGCAGACUGCUGCCAGGGCUGUCUGCAUUAUGUGUUUGACUAUGAAACACCCAAAACACUGGUUAUUCCAAGCAUACGGGUAGGAUGUAUGUUCAGGUUCACCCAGCUCCUGGUGGUGCUGUAUGUGGUGGGGUAUGUGUGUGUGGUGCAGAAGGCCUACCAGGAAACAGACUCUGUCAUCAGUAGUGUCACCACCAAAGUGAAAGGUUUUGCCUUCACCAACACAUCGGACACGGACCCCCGAUUUUGGGAUGUGGCUGACUAUGUUAUCCCUCCUCAGGGCGACCAUUCUUUCUUUGUGAUGACGAAUAUGGUUGUCACCCCAAAUCAAACUCAGUCACGUUGUCCUGAGCCUCCAAGUCCAUCAACGACUUGUGUGGAUGAUUGUGACUGUAUCGAGGGACACAGCGAUCCUCGGGGCAGUGGCAUACAAACAGGACUGUGUGUCAACUAUUCCUCAACUGUCCAGACCUGUGAAGUGCUGUCAUGGUGCCCUCUGGAAGUAGACACUCAGCUGCCCCAACAAGCACUGCUGGCCACAGCAGAGAACUUCACCGUGCUGAUCAAAAACAGUAUAACAUAUCCAAAGUUCAAUGUUCACAGAAGAAACAUACUGCCACAUAUUAACUCCUCAUACCUGAAGAGGUGUGAAUUCAACCGUAGAACAGACCCUGACUGCCCCAUAUUCCGCCUCAAACACAUAGUUUCAGAGGCUGGAGAAGAUUUUCAAGACAUGGCGGUGAAGGGUGGCAUCCUUGGUAUUAUUAUUGACUGGAGCUGUGACCUAGACUGGUGGGCAGGGAAGUGCUACCCCAAGUACAGCUUCCGCAGGCUGGACAACAAACACCCUGUCAAUAAUGUGGCCCCUGGAUACAACUUCAGGUUCGCCAAAUAUUACAAAACCCCAGAUGGAGAGGAAACCAGGACCUUAAUCAAAGCAUUCGGGAUCCGGUUUGAUGUCAUUGUAUUUGGAACAGCGGGAAAAUUUGGAAUUGUACCUACUAUAGUGAACUUGGGUGCAGCAUUGUCAUUCCUCAGUUUGGUUCCCAUUGUUUCUGACUGGUUUAUGUUGACAUGCAUGAGGAAAAGAGAUCUUUACAGCAAACAUAAGGUCACAUAUCUGCGUGAGGAUGCUGACACUGAAUCAAUGUCAAUGGCCACCACCUAUGGAACUCAGUAGCAUGGUCAUACAUCAACAUGGAGACAUUUUUCACAAGUUAUCUAAACCUGCUCUUAAAAAUGCUCUAAAAUGUUGUCUUCAGUGUCAUUUG